UGUGAAAUUAUUAUUUGUGCGAAAAUUUUGAAUCCGUGAUUUUAAUUGAUGUUGGAUUACAUUUAAUGAAAAUCAUUUUUGUUUGAUACAGUUGGAUGGUUUCAUGUGUUUAACAAUAGAUAGAAGUGGACUAGUUUAAUUUUGAAAUCACCAGUUCUCGGCAAUGAUACAUGUUUACAAGUGAUAUAGUGAUCGGAUACAGCUACAGAUUCGGAUAUUAUUUGAUUGACUUAUUUCCGGAUACAUUAAUUGUAAAUUCAGAAAGAUGCACGUAAGGUCACGUGUUGCUAGAGACCCUUUACAAGCGUCUGAAGGUAACAGAGAGUUCAAGAUGGCCGACACAACGAUUUCUCCGAAUGGAAAUAAAGUGGCCGACGUGAGCAUGUAUAACGGCCACCCUUAUGGAAAGGACACGAUUAUAACGACUAAAACUGGUGAUCUGAUGAAAUCACCGUCGAUAUCUUCACAAGAUAGUUGUACAAAAUUGACACUUGAUAAAACGGACGAUGACAUCACGUGUUGUGCACGUGACAGUGCUGCGUAUUCUGUGCUUAAACUUGCCGUAUGUUUCGUCUGCGGAAUAAUAUUUGGAAUGAUGUUUACGUAUAGUCGAGUGUUCGAACCGAAGACAAUACGGUCACAGAUGGUGUUUGAAAACUUUAUUAUGUUGAAGAUGUUUCUGUCCGCUGUCUGUGCUGGUCAGAUUGUGUUUUGCUUUUUGUCGGUUUUACCUGCUACAAAGAAAUUAUUUAAAGAAGCAAUUGAAGAAUAUGUCACGUGUUUUAGUUCAAAGGGCAUUCUUACCAGCGGUGUUGGGGCAUUCAUUCUGGGUUGUGGAAUGACACUGUCAGGGGCCUGUCCCGGAAUGGUCCUCGCUCAAGUAGGCUCCUGGGUGCCAAACUCAAUAUUCACAUUACUGGGCUGUUUAGUCGGCGCAUUGUCAUACGGGCUUCUGGCACCGGCCAUAGAGAGCAAGACGAAGCCAAAGAAAAAAUUAAAAUAUCAAACGUUACACCAGACGUUGAACUGGCCAUACAUUGCCAUAGCUUUGCCAAUGAGCGUGAUGCUUUUCAUAGUAGUCUUUGUAUUGGAAUAUUUCUGGGACUACGAAAAAGAUAUCAAACAAAUUGGUAGGACCCCACCGCCUUAUGAUAAUAUUUUCACAGCCAGUGCUUGGAGACCGUCCAUUGCAGGUGCAAUUAUUGGAGUUAUUCAGUUACCACUUAUAUUUACUGUACAUGACACAAUGGGCGGGUCUACAAGUUACGUCACAAUCGUUUCACAAUGGGUCGUCACUGACAAACUCCAGAAAAUGUUCCCAUAUUUAGCGUCGAAACGCUGCGGACUCGGCAAUUGGUGGCAGGUCUUAUAUGUUGGCGGAGCUAUUCUAGGAGCGUCACUGGCUUCAAUAGCUUCGGAUACCAUGGCAACGUCAAGAGGGGCAAAUUUACCCACGGCACUUUUUGGUGGAAUAUUGAUGCUGUGGGGAGCACGAUUCGCUGCCGGCUGCACUAGCGGCCACGGUCUUUCCGGAAUGGGUCUUCUUGCCUGGUUGUCAUUCAUUGCUGUUCCAUGUAUGUUCGCGGGUGGAAUUGUAACAGCCUUCUCAAUGCAGGCGACAGGAGCACUUGACGAUUACGUCACUUCCACGUUUGACACAUAGACUGAAAAAGACAUGACUUCCUGUCAAAGGAUAUUUGGCCGUGAUAUAUUAUUUAUUCAAGAUUUUCAUUAUGGCCCACAUGCCACUCUUUGAAUAACAUAUUGCCAUUUGUUAUCCCACAAUUCAAUUCGCUCAAAGGAUGUGCUAUAUUUUCUUAAUUACGAUCGCAAAGGAUAGUUCUUUUAUCAUAUGCAAAGGAUAGUUCUUUAUUCGUUUGCAAAGAAAGGAUAGUGCUUAUGUCUUCCAUAGUGAGAAUUUGGUUCUGUAUUGACGUGUUUCAUACCGGAAAUAAUAGCCUUAUUUAAGUCUCCGGUUUUCAGGAUAUGACAAUGUAGUACCUUUAAAUCAAGUGGUCAGUUCGUAUCAUUACUUAAGUCUAUUAUCCGACAACUUUUGACCAUUGUAAGGCUCAUUGCAUGGACACAUAGAUUGUUUAAAAUUUGGGACUAUAAUUUCGGGUAUAUAGUGGUGAAAAAUGAAAUAUUGAAAUAAGAAUCAUCUGUGAUGGAAAAUGAAGAAGAUGGAAGUCUUUACUGAUGCGAAUAAUUUGUAUAGCGUGCAUAUAAGCAAAAACAUUAAGUUACGCUUGAUUAAGCGCCAAACUUGAGUGCUGUGAGUUAAAUGCAUAAUAACAAGAGGACAGUUCUUUCUACCAGACAAAAUAACGUGUCUGCGUUUUUUUAAUCCGGUGAUAAUCCAUGUUUGAAUGACUAUACUUUAGUACAUGUAUAACAGUAUUAAUAUUUAGUCACAUGAUACCUCUGUUUAUGACGUAUGUAGUGGUAUAUUACCCGGAUAUCCGGAUAUGCAAAUUUCGGGUAUACAAAAAUUUGGAUAUGCAAAAAUAUCGGAUGAAAUUUUCAUUCUGCAUAUUGUAAAGUCUUAGUUUCAUCCCAGGAAAAUAUAUUUGCAGUAUGCUUGCCAUUAUUGUUUUAAUGCUGAUACUUAUUUCAAAUCAAAAUCUAACUAAUUACUCUUUAUGAUCAUGAAUUGCUCAAUUUUUAUGGUGUCCUAGCAAGAAGCAUGUCGUACUUUUUGAUUCGUUUUUAUUUUAGUUUUGUUUCUAGCCUUUACAACGUAAAUGAGUAAAGUUUAGUAAGUUUUGUAAUAUAAAAUAUAAUAUUUUUCAAUCAUUCUUCAUUCCAAUACAUAAAUCUUAAAAAAUGUAUGCAUAAAUCGUAUCCAAACUUAAUUGAUUUUUCUGAAUCCGCAAUAUUUAGAAGACCAGUUACAAUGUAAAACAAACAUGGCUUAUAUCACCUAGAACUAAUUUUGCUUUAAAAUCUGUGUACAUUUUUAUUUUUUUAAAUGAAAUCAAUAUUUGACACUUUCUCACUGUAUUUACACAAAUUUCCGAAGUUUUGAUUGCAUUAAAUUUUUGUCAAAAUGUACCAAAGAUUUUGAAAAAGGCUUCAUUAGUUGUUGUUUCCUUAACGCAUUACGAUAUCGCAAAAUAUCACUUAAAAAACUUAACUAUUAUGAUAUUGGCAAGACAUUGCUGCUUGCACUGACAUUUUAUUAGAAUAAGAAACAAUAACAACAUUUAUUAUUCAUAUAAAGGCGAAUUACAAAAGAAGAGUUGCUAUAUAAUAGCUCUUAAGUAUUUCGGAGCGACCAUUCGUUCUGCUACUCCGUAUCUACCUCAUUCACUUGUUAUCGCUUUUGUAGAAAUGUAGUGUUAGAUUUUACACGCAUGCGUUUAGGCAGCGUUUGAUCGCGCAUGCGCAUGGGAAGCAUCUUGCAACGCAUGUGAUUUCAAAUGAGAAGCAUCAGACCGGAUUUGCGCCUGCGCGAGAGAUGCGUCUUAACGCGCAUGUGCCAUGACAUAUUUUGCGCUUAUAUUUGAUUGCUCGGUUAACAUGUUUGAGAUAUAAUCGAAUAUAAAAGAAAAGAAAUGAAUACAAUAAGCGGAAACCCUUUGGAAUUUUUGAAAUUAAAUUAUAACUUUUUAACUCUCCAUUUGUAUGUUAUUUCCUUCACCUCCUUAUAAUACAACAAAAUAUCUGAAACUAUACUUUGUUGUAAAUCUAUUUUAAAAUUUAUAUGAGUGAAGUGUUUUACCAGAGGAAAUGGGUUACGUUUGCACUUUUUUUCGGACACAAAUGUACAGUUUGUUACCACUUUUGAUGCAUCGGUGAUUUUGAUUUGUUGUUACUAUAAAUAUAAUAUUGACUUUGUUUCUAUUUAUAGCAUGACGCCAUAUUGAAAAUACGUUUUGUACACUUGUCAAAAUAAAAUACAUUGUAUUUGUAAAUACUGUAAAGAAAUGUGUUGAUUUUAUGUUUGUUGAUGUUAUUUGAA